UGGAGAGUAACACACAGUGAAACCCGGUGUGUUUUUGGCUGACGUUUAGAAGCGAGGGCCUGCCUGCAUCCUCCCAGCUGCCCCGCCUGUUUUGGUACCCUAUAUUCUACAGCGAUAAGGGUGGCCGCUAUAUAAGGGUUGGGAUGCUGCUGACAGAGAUGAUGACUGACGGGAACCCCACGGUGGUGCUGGACCACGGCACCGCCUCCAUCAAGGCCGGGCUGGCCGGGCAGUUCAAACCGCAUGUGUUCUUACCCACACUGGUCGGCAGACCCGCCUUCCCGCAGCAUCAGUCCAUAGGCGUGUGCUGCGGAGAAAAGGCACUGAAGAACUGGCGGGAACUGAAGAUAACCUACCCCAUCGUGGAGGGUACCAUCACUGACUGGGACGACAUGGAGGUGAUUUGGAACCACAUUUUUCACGAGGAACUUAAGAUCCAGCCGGACGAACACGCGUACCUGCUCACGGAGAGGCCGAGGAACCCGCGACAGGCCAGGGAGAAGACAGCGGAGAUCUUUUUUGAGAAGUUCAGUGCCCAGGCGGUUUACCUGGCGAUAGAGUCUGUCCUGUCGCUGUACACGAGCGGCCGCACGGUGGGGAUGGUGCUGAACUGCGGGGAGGGCGCCUCGCACGCCGUACCCGUGUAUGAGGGGUACGCUCUGCCGCUGUCAUGGAAGAGAGUCAGCGUAGCUGGCACCCAUCUCACGGACUAUCUUAUAACGUUGUUGGAGAAGAAAGGACAUUCUUUCAAGUCCCCAGUUGAGCGGGAGAUAGCAGGGAGGAUUAAAGAAGAGAUGUGUUACGUCGCUAUGGAUGUACAACAGGAGGCGGAGGCUGCUCCCACCAACUGGCUCUUACCACAGAAGUACGUCCUCCCGAACGGGGACACCAUCAAAGUAGACCACGAGAGAUACCAGGUUCCCGAGCCGCUAUUCCAUCCUCCCAUUUUAGAUAUCAUGGAUGAAGGUCUCCCCGAGGCUGUGGUGACGUGUGCAAAGCGCUGUGACGUAGACAUCCGGGACACUUUCUAUAAGAACGUGGUUCUGACGGGAGGAGGGUCCCAGUUCCCUGGCAUGGCGGCCAGGAUGCAGAGCGAGCUGGAAGCCAUAACACCAUCGAACACCAAGAUCCGGGUUCUUGACCCCAAGUACAGAGGUCACGCUGUCUGGCUGGGCGGUUCCAUCAUGGGGUCCCUGUCGACCUUCAAGUCGAUCUGCGUCGACAGGCAACAGUACAAGGAGUAUGGGCCGGAAAUCAUCCACCAAAAGUGCUUUUAAACAACAGCUCUUUCACGAAUUCCACUUGACAUUUACUAUUUUUCUGGCUAGAACAUGGAAAAAUGCAAAUCAGGCUAAUUUCGAAAUCUCUGAAGUGUUCAAAAUAUUUGAUAUUUUGUCAGAAAUAGUUUAGAGCACACACGGUGUAAUUGCCGGGGAAUAUAUUGUUAGGAGUAGGGUUGUCAAAAAAGGGAAAAGGAGACGCAAGUGGCCGGCAUAUUAGAAUGGAGAAAACAGGAAGUGUGAACGAUUGAACAGGUGCUCUGUGAAACUAGGCCAUGUGCCACUGGUAGGUGAGAGGUUGGUGACAUAUGGAGGAUGCAGCAAGGACACGGGAAAUAUCUCCUAUUCAUGCAGCUGGCUUAAUUGGAAGGUCCAACCCUCUUGGACGAUAAAACCGUAGCAGAGAUAAAUAUCACAUUUAGUUCUGGGGAACGUGUCACGCAGUGUUAAUAUUGUAUUUACCAACAUGGAUGCGUAUGAUGAAGUGCAUGCUAUAGUCGCACAAAAUAUUUAUUUUCGGUGCCGCAAGGUUUUCACAGGGGUCUUUUCUAACUAUAUAACGCAAAUCUAUGUUAUUCUGUCUAGGAUAAUAACUAUUUUCUAUGAAGAAUCGCGCAUACGAUUGCCUGCAGAUUCCAUGGCCAGUGCCUUUCUUUAAUCUGCAAUUCCAAACGAUUCCGCAAGGAGGUAACCUCUUGCCUCGCAUUAGCCCCAACUACUGUCUGAAAGACUGCAUUUACGUAUAGCGUGCUUUGUUUGUAAAUCUUAGGAGAUAUAAGGAGACAACAGAAAGGUCUAUGUAAAUUAGCUUGGGUACGUUUUAUACGCGUUUAAGCAUAACGGACAGCAGGCACAGGAAAGCAUGCUGGGACUAGGAGUCAGGCAACAAUUAGAAACAAAUGAAUUCUAGCUUUGUACAUAAUGUUUAGCCCACCAGUAAGUUGAAUAAUGAUCCUACGGAAAGGUGCACAGUUUCUUCUCGACAAGAGUACAAUCGUGACUCAAAAAAUUAGCAAGUCUAGCUUAAGAGGUAUUUGGUGUAAUCUUAUAUAUUAAGAACUUUAUUUGCAGCGUACGUUUUGGUGCUAUUCAUCUUCCUCACUUUAUGUAACUGGGGUAUGUGAUAAAAUGGGGGGGGGCUGUGAAAUAUAAUACAAUCAUUGUUUAUACUUGAUAAUUUUAAAGAUAGUAGCUGUUAUUAUAGAAUAAACAUCACUGUUG